AUGAGGGCUUCAAGAAGGAUGAUCUGGGAGACAAACCAACGCCUCAUCCGUCAACACAACCUGGAGGCAGGAAUGGACAAGCACACCUUCACUCUGGGAAUGAACCAGUUUGGAGACAUGGUAAGACAACCCACAAUUUACAAUGCCUUGCUGACUGUUAAUGCUGCUGAGGAGGAGAAACGCCUGGAUGGGAUCCCCCUCUCUAAGUGGAACUGCAGUCUCUCAGCAGCUCCCGAGACGUGGGACUGGCGUCCAUAUGGAUAUGUGACUCCAGUAAAGAACCAGGAUGAAGAGCAGCCUCUUUCAUUUGGGCAUUGUGGAUCUUGCUAUGAAUUUGCUGCAGUCGGAUCCCUGGAGGGCCAGUUGUUCAAGCAGACAGGCAAACUGUUGCCUCUGAGUGAGCAGAACCUGGUGGACUGCAGCGGAGACUAUCACAAUAAUGGCUGUGGCGGUGGCUUGGCCAUGAGGUGUUUUAGUUACGUCUCAGAUCAUGGGAUUAUGUCGGAGAGGAAAUAUCCUUACACUGCAGAGGUGGGCCCUUGUGAAUACCAGAAUGCAACAAAGGAAGCCUGGUGCAAAGGCUUCAACAGAGUUCCUUCGCUGGAUGAAAAAGUGUUUCGAGACACUUUGUAUGAGGUUGGCCCUAUCGCUGUGUCUGUGAACGCCACACAUCCCUCCUUCAAGUUCUACAAAGAUGGAGUCCUCUACCAGCCUGACUGUUCAACAAGAACUAACCAUGCUGUACUGGCUGUCGGGUAUGGUAGUUCUUACCUGGACUACUGGAUUGUGAAAAACAGCUGGGGUACUGGUUGGGGAAGAGACAUUCUCAUGGCCAGAGGAUACAACCAGUGUGGUAUUGCCAGACGACCAGUCUACCCUAUUAUGUGA